CUUUUCGUGCGUACAUUUUAUUCCUUGGCUGUCUGCUAAACAUCGCCCCAUGAUUCUAACGUAGUUUUCUGGUUAUUUUAUUGUCUCGUCGCGCUUGAAUACUUUUUUGCUAAUGCAUAAAUUUGAACGAGAAGGAUCUUUUGUACUUGUUGACAAGGUUCAAUUUGGUAUAGAUUCACUGAUAAGGAACGAAUUUGCUGACACUCUUGACAGAAUCAAUGUUCGUGUUGGUUUCUUAUGUGGGUUCCUUCUUCUGCCAUAGAUGGACCGGCUGGGAUGCUGCUGAAGGCGGCAUUGUCCAUGGAUCAUGACUUGAGCAAAUGGGUAGGCGCGUUUCUACUGUCUUGUUGGCUCAUCUUUCAGACGGCAUUUGGCGUGGAGGGAUUACAUGGAGAUGCUAAAGUGAGAGGAGUUAACUUGGGAGGAUGGCUGGUUGUGGAAGGUUGGAUUAAGCCUUCACUUUUUGAUGACAUUCCCAAUGGGGAUAUGCUUGAUGGGACACACGUCCAACUGAAGUCGGUUGCCUUGCAGACGUAUGUCUGUGCAGAGAAUGGUGGGGGCACAACUGUUUCAGUCAAUAGGGAUGUUGCGUCUUUGUGGGAAACUUUCACGCUAUGGAGAAUAUCAGAAUUCACAUUUCAAUUUCGGUCUUCCUCUGGUCAAUUUCUAACGUGUGAUGGUGAAGGAUGCUCAGUUUUUGCGACAGCACAGACACCAUCAGCGACAGAAACCUUUUACAUUGAAAGAAACAACAGUAGGAUUCACAUCAAACUUUCAACUGGGACUUAUCUGCAGGCUACAACAGCAAAUCAGCUGACAGCCGACUAUCCAGGGGAACCGGGAUGGGAUGACAACAAUGCCGCUACGUUCUUAAUGACAAUUGUGGCAAAUAAUCUGCAUGGGGACUACCAGUUGGCAAAUGGAUAUGGUCACUCUAAAGCAAAAGAAGUCCUCAAGAAACACAGGAACACGUUUAUUACGAUAGAGGACUUCAGCUUUCUAUAUAGACACGGAAUUAAUACAGUGAGGAUCCCUGUUGGUUGGUGGAUUGCUUUUGAUCCUAAUCCUCCGGCUCCAUUUAUAGAGGGGAGCUUGGAAGCCCUCGACAACGCUUUCUAUUGGGCAAGAGCCUAUAACAUAAAGUGCAUAAUUGACCUUCAUGCAGCUCCGGGCUCACAAAAUGGUUUGGAGCAUAGUGCUAGCAGAGAUGGUUCAAUAGGCUGGCCUACGUCUCCAGAUUACAUCUCCAAAACAUUGGAUGUUAUUGAUUUCUUAGCUAAACGGUAUGCAAAGCAUUCUGCUUUGCUGGGCAUUGAACUUUUAAACGAGCCAUCUGCCGCCUCGGUUCCGUUGGACAUUCUUGUAUCCUAUUAUAAGCAAGGCUAUGAAGUCGUCCGGAAGCACUCCUCCAGUGCUUACGUGAUAGUAUGCCAAAGAAUUGGCGAUGCGGAUCCAUUAGAACUAUAUCAGGCUAGCAUAGGUUCCCACAACAUUGUGGUGGAUUUACAUUACUACAGUCUUUUUGACACUUUCUUUGUGAACAUGAGUAGCGUGGACAAUAUACAAUUCAUAUACCAAAGCAGGGAAGCACAACUAAAGGCCUUAAACAGUGCAAACGGUCCGCUCGUUUUUAUCGGGGAGUGGGUUAAUGAGUGGGAUGUGACCGACGGAUCACAGGCUGAAUAUCAAGAUUUCGGGGAGGCUCAGUUAGAAGUUUACGACGCUGCUUCGUUCGGAUGGGCUUAUUGGACGCUGAAGAACGACAGGAAGCACUGGGACUUCGAGUGGAACAUUAGGAACAAUUAUCUCCAAUUAGGAGAGUCGCCAGAUAGACAAUUUGCCAACCAACUAGUCAUUCUUGCAUCUGCAGUUGCCUGCUUAUUCCUGCAUAACUCCUUGUGAAGAAUAACAUCGUCAGAGUCGACCACCCCAACAUGUGCUGUUGCUGGAUGGAGUUCCAUUCGCGGCUUUUCCACGGUCCCGGAUUUUUGAAUUCUGAUGUGUGCGAACAAAUAUGUGUCCGAAGUUCAAGCGACCCACCCAGUACAUAUUACUCUGGGAUGUAUAACUUCAUUCAUUCAAUGUCAAUGAUUCAUUCGUUC